CUUACUCCCUUGCUGCUGGACCAUCCAAUGGCACUUCAUGGCUUUCUCCCAUGGCUGAUCCUGCUAAUCUCCAUAGCUGAUGCUGGUGAUAUUUUUCAUGAUUGGACAGUUACCCUUCAGCCUGGUCCGCUUAGCCAACAGGUCAUCACCAUCAAUGGGAUGUUUCCAGGACCCUUAAUCAAUGCCUCAACAAAUGAUAUUAUUCAUGUCAAUGUUUACAAUAAUAUGGAUGAACCUCUGCUAUUUACAUGGAAUGGCAUCCAACAGAGGCUGAAUUCUUGGCAAGAUGGGGUUUCAGGGACAAACUGCCCCAUCCCACCAGGUCAGAACUGGACUUAUGUGUUUCAGCUUAAAGACCAAAUUGGCAGCUUCUUCUACUUCCCCAGCAUCAAUUUCCAAAAAGCGGGGGGAGGUUUUGGUCCCAUCCGGAUUAACAAUCGAAUGGUCGUCACAACACCAUUCCCUAAACCCGAGGCCGAGUUCGAUCUCCUCAUAGGAGAUUGGUAUCAAAGAAGUUACAAGGAAAUCAGGUCCAUUCUCAACAAUAUUUCUGUUGCAACUAAUGAUCUAAAACCGGAUACAAUCCUUAUGAAUGGAGAAGUCUCGUCGUUUCUGUCACAAAACUAUCAAUACUUCAAUGUCACUAAAGGGAUGACAUAUCGGUUUAGGAUAUCGAAUGUUGGAACUACCUGGAGUUUUAACUUCAGGAUUCAGAAUCAUCUGCUGGUGUUGAUAGAAACGGAGGGAUCAUACCCCAAUAUGAUAACAUUGGAUUCUCUGGAUGUUCAUGUUGGACAGUCCUACUCUGUUCUUGUCACGGUAGAUCAAGAAGAGAAGGACUAUUACAUUGUGGCAUCUCCUAAGAUGGCCAAUGCCACCCAGCUGGUUAAUCUAACGGCUGUAGGGGUGCUUCACUAUGGUAACUCCACUGUCCCAGCUUGCGGUCCUUUACCAGCUGGUCCUGAUCCAUUUGAUCUACAGUUCUCCCUCCAUCAAGCCAGAUCAAUCAAAUGGAACUUAACUGCUGGGGCUGCUAGGCCUAACCCACAGGGUACAUUCAACGUGCACAAUGUGACCCUAACACAGACCUUCAUCCUCCACGGAUCAUCCGCUGCUAUCAACGGGACAGCUCGCUACACAGUCAACAAUGUAUCUUACGUUACACCGAACACUCCCCUGAAGAUGGCUGAUUACCGUGCCAAUGGGUCUGGUGUUUACCAACUUGAUCAGUUCCCAACCAAUUACUCACUCACUCAGGCCGUAGAUGGAGUUUUUGUUGCAUCAGGGAUCCAUAAAGGGUGGAUAGAAAUUGUCUUCAAGAAUGAUUUACAAGUCAUAGAUUCUUGGCAUCUGGAUGGAUUUGGUUUCUUUGUUGUGGGGUUUGGUGAUGGAGAAUGGACACCGGAAUCACGUCAAAGUUACAAUCUUUGGGAUCCUGUAGUCCGGUCCACAACACAGGUGUACCCAGGAGGAUGGACUGCAGUUUAUGCAUACCUAGACAACCCUGGAAUGUGGAACUUGAGAUCACAACGCCUCAAAAAUUGGUACCUUGGUGAAGAAUUCUAUGUUAGGGUUUAUGAUCCUGACCCUAAUCCUCUCAAGGAGUUUCGCCCACCUGAAAAUCUCCUCUUUUGUGGAAUAUUUGAUCCUCCAGUCCCAGAACCAGCACCUUCCGUCGCAAAACCCCCUGCAACCCCAGCUGCAAACCCAGCUCCGUUGUCUGCACCACCGUCUCUUCCCAACGCCACAGCAUCCCAACAAAUACCAUGGUGAUAGAAAUAAUGAACUUUUAUAGCGUUUGAUGCAUUGUUUAGUUAUUAUAUAUAUUUUCUUCUUAUUUUUGUUGUAUAUCUUUGCAGGUUGCAUGUUAUCCUGAUUUCCAUUGUUAUACUUUUCUGCACCAGAGACCAGUAGCCUGUAAUUCUCUGAUUCAGAAAUGUCCAUUAAGAUAGGAUGCUGUGGGUAUUACAAAGAUGUGCCGUCAAUUUGUUGUUUACUAUUAUUUAGGAAUUUGGGAACCUAGGUGUUUGUGAUUCGGUUCAAAUAUUAAUAUUUCGGAAAUCAAUUCAAAUGGAUUAGGUAGUAAAGUGCAUCUUGCUUU